AUGGCCGUUACUAAAGAAGACCUUUACCCUAAAAAGAUCCUGGAGUACAUGGAGGGCUUCAUGGUGUCGAAGACUCUAUUCGUGGCGUGUGAGUUGGGGGUAUUUGAUCACCUGCACGCCUCAGAGCGCCCCCUAACUGCAGAGGAAUUAGCACAAGAGUUGGGAACAAAUAGAGAUGGAACAGAGCGCCUUCUUUCAGCUUGUGUUGGACUUGAGCUCCUGAUCACACAGGCUGAUGCUAAAGGACAAGUUGUUUACAGUAACACUGAAAUGUCCAGCAUGUUCCUGACGAAGUCGAGUCCGCGAUCUCUCCAUCAGUCGAUCGAGUACAGCUCCAACACCAUAUACUUGUGCUGGUGCUACCUGAGCGACGCCAUCAGAGAAGGAAGGAAUCAGUAUGAGAAAGCGUUCGGCGUUAGCUCCAAGGAUCUGUUUAAAGCGCUGUACAGGUCUGAGGAGGAAAUGGUGAAGUUCAUGCGGCUGAUGAACUCCAUCUGGAACGUCUGCGGCCGAGACGUGCUCACGGCCUUCGACCUUUCCCAGUUCAGGAGCGUCUGCGAUCUCGGAGGCUGCAGUGGAGCUCUGGCCAAGCAGUGUGUCACGAUUUACUCCACGUGUAAAGUCACCAUCUUUGAUUUGCCGGAAGUCGUGAGGGUGUGUCGCGAUCACUUCCUGUCUGAGGAGGACGAGAGAAUAUCAUUCCAUGAAGGAGACUUUUUUCAGGAUGAUCUUCCUGAGGCAGAUCUUUACAUCCUGGCGAGGAUUCUGCAUGACUGGACAGAUGAGCGGUGUGUAGAGCUGCUAAACAAAGUUCACCAAGCUUGCAGGCCAGGAGGUGGUGUGUUAGUGAUCGAGUCUCUCCUUUAUGAAGAUAACAGCGGCCCUCUCUCCACUCAGCUGUACACACUCAACAUGCUGGUUCAGACGGAGGGUCGAGAGCGGAAAGUGUCCGAGUACACACACCUGCUGGUCACCGCCGGAUUCAGAGACACACGCGUCCUCACCACGGGGAAAAUAUACCACAGCAUCCUCGCACGCAAAUAGAGAGCAGCGAGUACAAACACCGACAAAGAGACGGGGCGUGUGUUUCCCACCAUGCAAAAACAUCUGUGUUUCUAUAAAGAACAUUAAAACUACUUUAAUAAACUUA